AUGGAAGCGUGCUUGCUGUGGGUUGUGCUGUGGCCAGAGCUGGGGGUGGGCGUGGAUCUGAUCGUGGGACCCCCGACUUGCACGUUUCGCCAAUGCGCCUUCCAUGUCACCCUUAUCUAUGGACUCUGGUUUGAACUCCUGCUUAAUGAAGUUGUGCUGCCUGUCAUGCAAGAUCUCGUAGGGGGCCGUGAAGUUACCGUUCACUCCGGGGCCUGCCUUGCCCUGAGCCACGGAGUAGCACUAGCACUUCAGGCGGCGGGCCCGGGGGGCACCCAGGUGUUGCAAGGACCCCGGGAGAGCGAAGCGAUAGAGCGCUACUGCGCUGACACGGGCUUCAAGGAACUGCUGCACUGCACGACCGACGAAAGCCACCAGGCUACUUUCUCGCUGGUCCUGACGUACCCCUACCCGCCUGACGUACACAUCGUGGACGAGCGUGACGAGGGCCCGCGGGGCACCGGUCACCCCGGCGGUGGCGGCGGCGGCGGCGGUGCCCUCUGGGUGGUCCGCAGCUGCACAGAGAAGACGGUGGAGGCGCACCAGGAGGCGCUGCGGGCAAACGUGGAGGUAGCGGGUGGGGCACUGUCCCGGAUGCCGCUGUUCAAAUUUGAAUUGGCCAUGUGCGGCCUGCUGGGGCUGUCACUACCCGUUGUGUACUGGCGCAAGAUCCGGAUUCGGCAUUUGUGA